AUGUCCUCUACAAAAGGGGAGAAUUACGGUCAAGCUAAAGAAACAGCUUCUGUGAGCCCGCACCCAGUGGCAGCACCAGACAAACUCCCCGGAAAGGCAGACACGACAGAAUCGGCAAUAGGGCACAAGUCCAUUGGGGUUCUCAGAAUCGAGGCGAUAUACAACAGCCUUACCACGACCAGCCUCACGGCCCUUCUAGUCUGCAUAUUCCUUGUAGGCUAUGCCUACGGGUUGGACGCGACGGUCAGAAAUGUCUACACCACGUAUGCCACCGCAAGCUACCAGAAGCAUUCCUUACUGGCGACUGUUAAUGUUCUACGCACCGUCUUCGCUGCCGGUGCUCAAUUUACUUCGGCUCGACUGGCAGACGGCUUUGGCCGUGUCGAGGUCAUUGGACUGGCCAUCGUCUUCUACAUGGUCGGCAGCAUCGUCGAGGCAACGUCGACAGGUGUGGACAGCUACGCAGCCGGAGCGGUCAUCUGGCAAGUCGGCAUGACAAGCCUGCAGACCAUAGUGACGGUCUUGGUCGGAGAUCUCACAUCGACCCGGCUUCGCCUGUUUGCUGUGUACAUUCCCAACCUUCACUUUGCAAUCACCACUUGGGUCUCGGGCAACAUCACAUCGGCCGUCCUCAAAGAUACUACAUGGCAGUGGGGUAUCGGUAUGUGGUGCAUCAUCAUCACUAUCUGCGUGGCACCACUGGUCGGUACCCUACUCUUCCUAGACCGGCGGGCACAACGUAUCUCUUCUCAGCGAUCCACCGCGAAGCGUCUCUCCCUUGUAGAGACAUUCUGGCGACUCGACACCAUCGGACUUUUGCUUCUUAUCGCCAUCAUCGCUCUGAUACUUACUCCGUUCACCAUCGCUGGCGGCAUCAAGACAACCUGGAAGACGGCGCACGUGAUUGCGCCGCUGGUUGUCGGGUUUGUCUGCAUUCCACUGUUUGUAUUUUGGGAGCGUCGAGCACCUCAACCACUCGUGCGGCUCCAGGAUCUGAAAGACCUAGGGGUCUGGAGUCCAAUUGCACUGUCCAUCACUACCAACUUUGCCUACGCAUUGCAGGGAAACUACCUAUACACACUUCUGGUGAUUGCAUUCAGCUUUUCGGUCAAAGCGGCCACUCGAAUCACAAGUCUCUACCUCUUCACGUCCUUUGUGGUCGGGCCGUUUUGUGGCCUGUUUGUCUACUGGUCCCGACACAUGAAGUAUCUCGUGGUGGCAGGAACGGUACUGUACAUGGUUGCGUUCGGGCUGCUGAUCAAAUACCGCGGCGACUCAUCGUCGUCCUCCCGGUCGGGUGUCAUCGGCGCGGAAGUCCUCCUGGGUAUUGGAGGUGGCAUGUUUCCAUACGCCGCACUGUCUUCCCUUCAGGUCGCGCUGAGGCAUGAACAAAUGGCGAUAAUGACCGGUGUCUUCCUUGCAUCUCACAGUAUUGGCCACGCGCUCGGUGCUAGUGUGUCAGGAGCCAUUUGGUCGCAGGUCCUGCCUUCGACCUUGGAGGAGAAAUUGUCGUUUCAGUCGAAUACCACACUCCCCCGAUUGAUCUACGCUAAUCCGUUUGCCGUCGCGGCCCAUUAUCCCGUUGGGACACCCAUCAGGGAGGCUAUCAAUAACAGUUAUCGCCAUGUUCAGCUGCUGCUGUGCGUCACGGGCUUGUGCCUCUGCAUUCCGUUGGUCGGAUUUGCCUUGUGCUUCAGAAAUCCAGAACUCACCGCGGCACAGACUCUAGCGAAGGAGGACGAUGUGGAUGACUCCAACCCGACUCAUAGCCUAGUUGAAAGACCGUUAAAGAUCUAA